AUGUCCCGAGAACGUGUGGUCAUCGUCGGCACCGGCUGGGCAGGCUUCCAGCUUUCACAGAAGCUCGACGACAAGAAAUUCGACAUCGUUGUCGUGUCGCCGGAGGAGACGAGUCCUUACACGCCAUUGCUUGCCAGCGCUGCUUGCGGUCUUUUCGAUUUUUCACUGGCAGAAGAACCGGUUCGUCGUAAGAGCCGCCAAAUCACGUACUACAAAGCCGUGGUCAAGGACGUCGAUUUCAAGUCAAAGAAUUGUAAAUGCCGUUCGGCGUGUGACGAGGACGACAAGGAUUUCGAUCUCUCAUAUGACCGACUGAUUCUCGCUCCUGGAUGCGUGCCGAACACAUUCGACACCCCCGGUGCGGUCGAGAAUGCCUAUUUCGUCCGUAACGUCAAAGAUGCCAAGCGCCUCCAGGCUCGCAUGAAGCAAAUCCUCGAACUCGCAUCCCUCCCCGGCGUGAGCGACAAGCGACAGCGGGACCUGCUACACAUCAUCGUCGUCGGCGGCGGUCCCACCGGCGUCGAGAUCACGGCCGAGAUCUCCGACCUCUUCAGCCAAGACUUUGCCCAGCUAUAUCCCACCCUCAAGGGCAAGAUGAGCAUGUCCAUCCACGACGCCGCCCCCAACAUCCUCGGCGCCUUCGAAGAGGCCCUCCAGCAAUACACCAUCGGGAGUUUCUCCCAGCGGAACGUCAAAGUCGUCACGGGCUCCAAGAUCGAAAAAGUCGAAGCCGAGUGCAUCACCACCAAAGACGACGGCCGCAUCGGCUGCGGCAUGGUCAUCUGGACCGCCGGCAACAAGCAGAGCCCGCUCGUCGACGCCCUCGACGUCGCCAAGACGGACAAGCUCCCCCGCAUCCUCACCGACGGCCACCUGCACGUGCUCGACUGCCAGAAGCAGCCGCUCCACGACGUCUACGCCCUCGGCGACGCCGCCGACAUCAAGAAGUACUUCCUCCCCACCACCGCCGAGGUCGCCGUGCAGAAGGCCCGCUACCUCAUCGACGUCUUCAACCGCGACCUCGACGGCCAGACCCCGUUCAGCUACCGGCAAAAGGCCCUCGUGGCCUACAUCGGCGGGCACGACGGCGUCGUGGACGGCCAGGCGGACUGGACCGGCCAGAGGGCCUGGGCGGCCUGGCGGAGCAAGAACCUCAUGUGGACGGAGUCCUGGCGCCGGACCGUGAUGAUCUCGGCGUAUUGGACGCUGGACUGGCUGGGAGGAAAGGAGAUCGCCCGUCGUUGA